AUGGUUGAUGCAAUACGAGGUAAGAUUAUGGAAUUGAUUUAUAUGCGGCGGACAGAAUCUAACCAAUGGUUGACAAGAUUGACUCCGUCAAUGGAGGAAAAAUUAGAAAGGGAAAGCUUGAAAGUGAGAAGGCUUCAGUUAUCAAAAUCCACUGGUAACAAAUUUGAGGUCCGUGGGGAUUCUAUUGAAGCGGUAGAUGUGGAUAAUUGUGACUGUAGUUGCAAAGGUUGGCAGCUUACUGGGUUGCCUUGCUGCCAUGCCAUUGCAGUCAUUGGUUGCCUGGACCGCAAUCCACAUGAUUACUGUGCACGAUACUUCACAACUGAUUGCUACAGAGUUACAUAUUCAGAGUCUAUACAUCCCAUUUCAAACGUGGAUGACCCCUGGCAGAAAGGUACUUCACAAUUUGGUACAACUGUAACUCCCCCAACUCGUCGUCCACCAGGCCAGCCUACUACUAAAAAGGUUGGCUCACAAGAGGUAGUGAAACGUCAACUCCAAUGCAGUAGAUGCAAGGGUACUGGGCACAACAAGUCAACUUGUAAAGAGUUUUUGGAGUGCUAG